AUGUCAGCCAAAAAUGUCAUGGUGAAAUUGAUUGUGGGGGCAGGGCAGGCCGCCCCAGCCCCUCCAGUUGGCCCAGCCUUGGGUUCCAAGGGUGUGAAGGCCAUCGAUUUCUGCAAAGAGUUCAAUGCUAGAACGGCCCAUUAUAACCCCGGCACGCCCAUCCCCGUUCUUUUGACCAUCAAGCCUGACAGAAGCUUUAAUUUCGAGAUGAAAUCUCCCCCAACAUCCUGGCUUUUGUUGAAGGCGGCCAACGCCAAAAAGGGCAGCGACAAGCCCACGCAGAAUAUCGUAGGCACCAUUUCCUUGAAGCACGUGUAUGAGAUCGCCAAGAUCAAGAAGACCGACGAAAGACACAAGAAUGUCGACUUGAAGGCGAUCUGCGGCGCUGUCAUUCUGACGGCCAAGGCUGUGGGUGUGCUGGUGACACCUUGA